AUGACCCUUUCGAGUGAUGCGGUGGUCGUUCCUCUGCUAAGCCGUGAAGAUUGCGAUGAUAGUCGGUAUGACGUCGACCUUGACCUGGGCGUGGAUCACAAGGGUGAGGAGGACGCCUCGCAAGCUAUCGAGGACCGAUUCCAACCGCCCUACUUGCGAUCUGGCAAUGGAGGGAUGACGUCGUACACAAGUCUCGUUGGACAACACUUCAAACCGAUCCGAAAUGUACACAAACGCCUCGUUGUGAUCGUCUUUAUCGUCUUCAUAGUCAUGACGACGAUCAUUCUGGUUGUGCGCCGAGACCGUGACGUGGCGACCGUCUUGUCGCGCCUGCACGAAUGGGAGUUGUCGGGCGAGGCUGGGUCAGGUGUUGAGCAAGCUCAAGGCCUCAAUUGGUCCGGAGAGGCUGAAUUGUGGAGGAACUACAAGUGGCAGCUCCAGGAACCUCACGAGAGUCUCACUCAGAUGGUCACGGCGCUCACGAAGGUGAGACACGAGCACAGGCCGAGGGUUUGGCCCUGGUUGCCGCGCCCGCGUUGCUGGCUGUGAUCAGGUCUCUUGCGCCUGAACAUCUUUGUUGACCUUGUUUCCUUUUCUUCGGCGCCUGCGCUUCCAUUCCUUCGAGUGCAGGAAGAGGUUUCUAUCAGAGAAUGGCUCCUGUCGACGAGGCCCCUUUCACAGAUCGGCGCGCCCGUCGGGUUAUCGCAGAGCUCGCCAGUUCCAGCACGGAUCCGCGAAGGGCCCGCGAUGGUUCGAACGGGUGCAGGACCAGGGAGGUAUAGAAAAGGGUCGCGUGAAAAGUGAGUUUGACUCUGAUGCGUCUCCAGAGCACCGAGCGGAGGCGGUUUUGAUUGGGGGUGAGAACUUCCUCUUUUUGUGCCUUUCCAGGUGGGAGUCGCUGCGUGACGAAUGGCAGACCGGCCGUCCACACUCACGAUGCAGCAACACGUCAUGGAUGGCCGAUUAUGCGAAGCUACAUCACGAGAUCGUGACUGGAACUCGUCCCCCCAAGGUCCUCGAAUUCAGCUGUCGGGAAGGCCACAGUUGCGGCGGCAAUUCGGACCGGUGCGUGGUUGCUACUUUGUACUCAACUCCACCAGAAGCCGCAGCACUGAUACGCCGUUUCGUUCGAGUCUCGUACUCACCUCGAUAGCCUGCUGGGUAUAUUCACUUCGCUUCUCUACGCCAUUCUCACCAGCCGAGCACUACUCAUCACCUGGGACGUAUUGCCUUUCGAGGUAUUCUUCGAUGCCGUCCGGAUCGACUGGGCACAGCCAUACAUGCCCAUGUCGAAACGUUCAAUUCACCCUGGUCUACCCGUGCUUAAGAGGCCAUUGUUAGACAUCAUAAACAUCGAGGUGCACAAGAUGGUUGCUCCUCCGAUGUCGAAUAUGGAGUACUACUUGAGCGUAGAACUCUUCGAUGAGAAGCGCGACGAUCCGCCUUGGCUCCGGGUAAGCUUGCGGAGGGGUGAUCUCUUGCAUCGUCGCUCGUCACUUCAAUAUCGCUUCAAUGCGCCUCGACCUUCCUUCGGAUGCAUCUCAACGGGCUCUGAUCAGAAUAACGUCGCAACCUUUGUUUCUAAAGGUCUCGACGAAUCGAGGAGGAGUCAUAAACUCUUUCAACUAUUCCGCGGUGAAGCCUGCAUUGCUGGAACGGGGGUUCGAUCGGACAACCGCCUACUCCUGCAUGACUGACUUCCUCUUCCGACCCAAGCGCGAGCCGAUGCGCUUCAUCACUGAAUACGAUUCGGUGUUCAGUCUUCCUACUGUGUUCUCCAUCGCACUUCAGAUUCGGACAGGAGACCGCUCCAUGGUGAGUCUUCAAAGAAUGUCUACCGCGUGACCCGGCUCGGCAUCAUAUUAUUCGCAGCAACGCUUUGCUGAGCGAUAAUAUAUGAUAUCCGUGAUGAGUUGGCCUCAUUUCAUCAUGAAGAUUCUGACCCACGCCGUCAACCCUCUUUUUUGGGCCUCGAUUUCCCGGGGGUUUUUAGAUGAGUUCCGUAGCAGAUGCGAUCAAUACCGUCGCACGUUACCAACAGUUCUUUGACUGCGCCGACAAGCUCGCCGAGCGUUACGCGCGGGACGAUCAGAAGGUUGUGUAUUACCUCGUCACGGACUCAUCCACAUUGGAGGCAGCUGCCUUGAGACAAUUCCCCGACCGACUCGUCGUCACUGGGCUGACCCAAGGUCAUCCCGAGUUCGAGCAUGGCCACACCGGGUCGGCAUUAGCGAAGGUGGCUGACGACACGACGAAUGCGCUGGUGGAAAGCAUGCUUAUCGGGAGUGCGUGACCGUGCCAAGGCUCGGUUCGGGACCAAACGCUCCAGUCUAAGUCGCUGAACCUCGUCUUCUUAUCCGGCACCCCCAGAAACCGACUAUCAAAUUAUCACCGAAACCAGUGGAUUUGGAAAACUCCGUGCGUCUGUCGAUUCGGUCCGACUGACCGAGAAAAGUUCAUUGUCUACCGUAUCGGCUUUGGAAAAUGCUAAUGAGCCCCCUGUUGACCCACAGCCGUUUUCAUCAGAGGCGUGGAAGGAACAACGAUCUCUCUGCCAAGGGAAGGGGGUGGCACCGUUGAUUGCGCGAAUACUGAUGCGUGGGUCCUCCGAAACGUCUCGAAGCUCGAUCCUUGA